UUCAGUAUAAGCAGUGCGUAAUCUUAGGUAGUUUGGAUUUCCUAAAGUACUUAUAACUUCAUUUUAGAACAAUUUUUGAUUAAUAGGAUUUUACAGUUACAGGCAUCAUAGUUAAUGAAGCUUGUCACUCUUGCGGAUUUGUUUUACGGUUCCGUCAAUCACUCAGUCUGUGGUUAAUCAAGACUUCAAAAAUCAGCAUUUCAUUAAGUUCUCAUUCAGCGAAGCUUAAACGGCAAGGUUCGGACUUUAUCUCACUUUAAGGACUUUUUUGUAGAUAGUUUUUUUUUCUUUUCUCUUUUCCUUUUCCAUAAAUGUAUAAGUAUUUGUAUUUCUCAAUAUCUGUAAAAUGUUUUAUUUACUAUUCUUAUGUGCUGCUUCCAAAGCAAAGCUUUCGAGGAAUAUGCGUCCAUUCUUCGACUUAUAUUAUGGACGUGGUAGUGAAGAAUUCGAGACAAAUGAAUCGUUUCAGAUGAUAUUUCGGUGCUGGGCACUUGUUGGAAUAAAACCAUUGAAACCUUAUGGGUUCUUGCGAUCAUUGCAUAUGGUGUUCAGCUGGAUUUGUCUUCUCAUGAGUCCGGUCGCUCUCAACGUCGGUGUCAUGCAAAUAACUAAACAAAAUUCGUCCAUGACCGUUUUACUAACCAGUUUUCAAAUGGCACUUAAUUCGCUGGCUCUACCGCUGAAGGCGAUCGUUACCGCAUUUUACUUAGAUCGUCUACGUGGUGUCGAACCGAUUUUCAAAAGCUUGGAUGCACGUUACGCAAGUCCACAGGAACGCUUCGCAAUAAGAGACAACGUUAUUCAAUCGACGCACUUAUUUGCUACUAUUAUUAUUUCAUAUUUUAGUUGUGGCCUUAUUUCUUGCAUACCAUCUCUUUUUACACACACUCAACCGCUAAAUAUAUGGCUCCCAAUUCCACAGUCGACCAUACACUUUUGGGGUCAUUUAAUAAUCGAGGUGCUGUAUGUGUACUUUCUGCUGGUCAGUCAAUGCAUGAACGAUCUAUAUCCGGCUGUUUACAUCAAAGCCUUACGUACACAUAUUACGCUGCUUGCGGAGCGCGUCAGCAGGUUGGGCGAGAAUCCGGAGCUCACCGACGAGGAAAAUUAUCAAGAAUUAAUUGAUUGCGUGUGCUCGCAUCAGGAAAUAUUACGAAUCUCUAGGGCUGUCGGCUCUGUGCUUUCGAUCACAAUCUUCACACAGUUCACAAUAGCCGCCGCCAUACUUUGUGUUUGCAUGCUGAACCUUUUCAUAUUUGCCGACGUAACUCAUGGAGUACUUACGAUUGUUUAUUACCUUAUUGUGAUGUUGCAAACCUCACUCACUUGCUACCACGCAUCGAUGCUCGAAGCGGAAAGCGUAAAGUUGCCUAAUGCGAUCUUCCAUUGCAAUUGGUGGGAUAUGGAUAAACGAUCGCGUCGUGUAUUGAUCUAUUUUUUGCAUAGCGCUCAGAAGGAAAUUUCUUUUAUAGCUCUUAAAUUUUUAAAAAUUAAUUUGGGCACUGUUUUGUUGAUCGCCAAAUUCUCAUUUACUUUAUAUACCUUCGUCACCAAAAUUGGUGUCGGAGAGAAAAUAAAGCAUUAACUGGAGUAAAGAAUCCAAGAUAUACUAAUUUUGGUUAAAAGUAUUGUCUGAGCUGAAAAUA